AUGAUGGCCAUCCGAGGUCCUUUCCUAAGAAGAACUCUAGGAGCCACGCUUUCCCGCCGCUGUAACCCCCGCGGUACACUCACGGCGGCUUCUUUUUCUUCGGGCAAUUCCCAAGUCGAUGAGACCAAGGGUAUCGUAGAUUCAACGCAUAACCUUGAGGCUUUCAACCGGCUUACCUCAGGUCGUUGGCUUUGGAACGAGCGACAGCAAUUUGCCUGUCGCUAUGUCAAGUUCGACCUCUCAACGCUUCUGCAACUAGCUGCCUCUGCAAUCGGAUCGAGAUCAUGUACUCAAGUGUCAAAGGUCUGGGAGGGCCAAUAUAACAAAGUACUCCAGCUCACCAUGGACGAUGGACGCGAUAUCAUUGCGAAACUUCCAAAUCUCAAUGCAGGCAGACCACACUCGCGACAGCUACUGAUGUUGCAACUAUGGACUUUGUAUGGCUUGCUUUUUUUCCUACCACGGAAUGUGUUGAACCUCCCUUUUCCGAGAGUGUACGCAUGGAGUUCUCGAGCAUUAGAGAACCCUCUCGGAGCAGAGUAUAUCCUCAUGGAGAAACAGGCCGGCGUGGUACUAAGCUGA